AUGUCUAUUGGAGGUCAAAAUACUUCACAUAUACGUUCAGGACAUGAAUUAGAUCAAGCCAGACUCGAAGCUUAUUUAAUCCAACAUGUCCCUGGAUUUAAAAGACCUUUGCAUAUCAGUCAAUUCCAAUUUGGUCAAUCCAACCCUACCUAUUUAUUAAAGGACGGCAACCAACAACAAUAUGUGCUUCGUAAAAAACCACCUGGUGCUUUGUUAUCCAGUACAGCGCAUGCUGUUGAACGAGAAUAUCGUAUUAUUCAUGCUUUAGGCACACAUACAGAUGUGCCUGUACCUAAAGUAUAUGUGCUCUGUCGAGACAUUGAUGUGAUUGGCACACCUUUUUAUGUCAUGGAGUUUCUCAAGGGACGCAUCUUUGAAGAUUGUCGUAUGCUUUCUUUGCCUUUUGAAGAACGCAAACAACUGUGGUAUGCUGCUAUUCACACCUUGGCUAAAUUACACAGUGUGGAUUUCAAGACCAUUGGUCUGGAAGACUAUGGCCGUCACCAUGGCUUUUAUGAUCGUCAGAUGAAAUCGCUUGCCAAAGUCUCUCAUGCUCAAGCCAAUGUGCAAGACGAAACAACAGGCGAACGUGUAGGCCCUAUUCCGCGCUUACAGGAAAUGUUUAACUGGUUUAAACAAAACCAAGCACGCGAUCAAGCCACGAUUGUCCAUGGCGACUACAAAAUAGACAACUUGAUCUUUCAUCCUACCGAACCCCGUGUGAUCGGUGUGCUUGAUUGGGAACUAUCGACAAUCGGCCAUCCCUUUUCGGACCUCUCUAACCUGCUUCAACCGUUCUAUGUCCCUGCGGUCGAUAAUGCAGGCCUGUUAGGAUUCAAAGACGCUACAGACCCUUUGCCUAUUCCUAGUGCUGAUGAAUUGAUCAGCAUCUAUUGUCAACAACGCAAACAGGCUCUGGAUCGAUGGAUGUUUGCCGUGGCCUUUUCGUUUUUCCGAUUGUCUGUGAUUUUGCAAGGGAUUGCAGCUCGUGUGGCUCGUAAACAAGCAUCGUCUGCUGAAGCAAAGACCUAUGCUGCUCGAUUUAUUCCUGUAGCCAACAUGGCACUUGAUAUCAUAGACAAAUCAUAUACGAGUAAACUUUAA